CAUCCAGUGUCUUCGUUUUUCUUCUCUCUUCCUCUCGACCUCGAUUUCCUCUUCGCGCCUCACAGAGGACAGCCGGCGAAGCUCUUUCUGGAGUCUCUCGGUCUCCGUCGAUCUCGCUGCCGAGGCUCCUCCCUUCUUCGGAGGCGCGGAAGCGCCUGUUUCUUUCUCGAUUUUGUGCGUCUCUCGCCUCUCGACAAACUCCAUGCCCAGAAACUCUUCAGCUCGGAGUCGCGUGUAUCCACAUCCUGUUUUUUUUCAACUUUGAGUGCAUGCAUGCAGAGAACAACAGAUCUGUCUGCCUGUGCAGCAGUUGGUCUUUUAUGAGAGAUCGCGAGAACUUUUUUCUCCUCGUCUCACACUCACCGUCUGCUCUUGUGUGUCUCCUUCCUGGACCUUCGUUCUUCCGCAUAUGUCUGCAUUUCGCUCUCUGUCUGUCUCGACUUUCUUCGAAGGACUUCUCUCUGCGCUCUGUGGCCGGUUUCUCCUUGUCUGACUUCGCUUCCGCGGCGCUGUCUCGGGUGGUUGCCGUCUCUCUUUCUUCUCUCCUUCGCUCUGCUUCCUGGCGACUUCUUCACCAUGUCGCUCGACGACGUCGUCCACAAGAAGUUCACCUUCGUCUUCGUCCCCGCAGACAUUAACGACCCGGUGGAGGAGAGGACGUUUGAGGGAGAAGAAAAGAGCUUCCGCGCGACGCUGAAUGCGCAUUUCAACCGAGAAAAUCUGCUGAAAACCGAGGCAGACAAAUUCAAAGAUGACCUCAGCAAGCAAGCAGACGGAAAGCUCUCAGACGAACAGCUUUCCACUCUCAUUGGUAUCCAACAUACCUACCAGAUCAUUCCGUUAACUCUUCCGACGAAGGCGAACGGCUUCCGAGGCACAAAUGCGUACAUCGACAGCAUUGGGCGCGUCAAAAACCUCGCCGUCAAUGCUCGAGCCUCGCGAAUCUGCUCAACAGACAUUCGCGGGGACUGCUUCCUCUCCACCACAUUCGACGACGAAGAGACUUUCCAGCGCGCGAACUUCUCGCAAAAGGACUUCGAGAGGUUGAUGGCGUCGCCCCCAGACGCGACAGGCCGCUGGAGUGAAACAGCUGCACUUUCUCAACUGCUGAAUCAGCGGCAAGCGGAUGCCUCGCGCCAGGCUCUGGGCGCCCCCGCGUCCACCGAAAAGAAACACAAGCAGUGUGGAAACUGCGGAAAGGAAGAGCCUGCUGCGAGCCCAGAGAACCCCAGUCCAAUGCGGCUGAAGAGAUGCGGAGGCUGCGGGGAGGCUUUCUACUGCAGUGCAGAGUGCCAGCGAGCAGACUGGCGUCACCACAAGCGCGUCUGCAAGAAGUAGAAAGCGCUGGUUUCAAGAGACAACAGGCGACCGACGGAGACUCUUUUUGGAGACACUUGGACGGCUUCGACAGGAUGUGAGUCAGCGAGUCUGCAUGCGGAGAACAAAGGAAAAAGGAAAAAACGGACACAAAGCGCGAUGGUGAUAUACACGACGUUGAGGAGGUGGAAGAACUCCACCUUUCUCCUCUUCGGCUCUCGUUCAUGUUGCGGCCUCGUGAAGUCGCCUGAAAGAGCCAGGAGUGCCAACAAGGACGCCAGGUCAGAGAGUGGAGUUUUACGUUUCUGAAAAGGAAGAUUCCUCCGUAGGGGAAUGAAACGAUCCUCUGCAAAGUCACGCAGGAAAAGACGAUCAGCUUCUGCAGGUUGUGUGGAGAUCUGAGUUUCCUCUUCCUUCGUUUUUCUUUUCUCCUUUCCGUCCGUAAUCCUUCGUCGUCGUUGCCUUGCUUUCCUCUCUUUUUCUCUCCCUAAACUCUACGUCUCCUUCUGGGCAGAAGGAGACGUAGAGCGCAGGCAGUGUGCGUUCUCGAUUUCUGUGAGCGGUGCCGACCUAAAACUCUAAACCAAUCUGAAGAAACUACACAGG